AAUUUCGCCUUCGUCUCUUACCAUUUUUUUUGAAAUUUUCUGGUUCCUUUCUCCCUUUCAUUUCGAACUGCGAUUUCAGAUCUCGCAAACCGUCGACGAUGGCCAAUCCCUGGCGUGGUGCCGGCGCCUGGGCCGCCGAGGCUGAGCGAGCCGAGGCUGAGGAGCUCGCGGAGGCCGCCCAGGUCGAGUCCCAGAGCUUCCCCAGCCUAAAGGAAGCCUCCAGCGCCAAGCCAAAGAAGAAGAAGAUGAGCCUCUCCGAAUUCUACAACGCUUCCAGCACCCCGGCCUCUAAUCGGGUCGGUCUCACUCCCGACGAGAUGAUGCGCCUCCCUACCGGCCCCAAGGAGCGCUCUGCCGAAGAUAUGCAGUACGGUCGCCUAGGUGGCGGGUUUUCCUCCUAUGGUCGCUCAGGUCCGAAUCCGGGUCGGGGCGGGGACGGAGAGGGCGGAGACGGGUCAUGGGGUGGUGGUGGAAGAAGAUCCUACGGUGGAUUCGACGACGACCGGAGGGGCCCGCCUUCUAGGGUUUCUGAUUUCGAUCAGCCGUCAAGGGCGGACGAGGUUGACAAUUGGGCAAUGACUAAAAAAUCUCUUCCUUCUGAAGAUUCGAGUAGGCAGAGCCGGUAUAGCUCGCUCGGUAGUGGUGGUGCUGGGGGUGGUGGUGGUGGUAUGGGCGCCCCAGCUUGGUCUAGGGCAGACGAGGUUGAUAACUGGGCUGUUGGGAAGAAGCCUGCUCCUUCUAGGUCAUCCACAUUUGGGUCUGGUUUUCGCGAUUCGGGUGCAGAGCCGGAUCGCUGGGCGAGAGGCGGACGUGAGGUCGACAGAGUUGAGAGAGAGCGACCUAAAUUGGUGUUGGAUCCUCCGAAAGGCGAGAAUGAGCCACUGCAGGUUGUGAAGACCAAUAAGCCAAACCCAUUCGGAGCAGCUCGACCUAGGGAGGAGAUUUUGGCUGAGAAAGGGACGGAUUGGAAGAAGCUGGAGUUGGAAAUUGAAGCCAAGAAGACGAGCAGGCCGACUAGUGCCCACUCAAGUAGGCCUUCGAGUGCUCAGUCAAGCCGGUCUGAAGGGCCCGGGCUGCAUGGGAGUGAUAACGCAGUGAAGCCGCGGCCGAAAGUAAACCCCUUUGGUGAUGCCAAGCCAAGGGAGGUUUUGCUGGAGGAGCGGGGUAAGGAUUGGCGGAAGAUUGAUCUCGAGCUGGAGCAUCAGGGUAUUGACAGGCCAGGGUCUGGGGCUGGGAGGCCUGGGUCUGCAGCAGGCAGGGGUGGUAGCUUUCUUGAGAGGACGCCUUCUUAUUCCGAUUCUAGAAGCAUGGAAUAUGUUGAUGGGCCUCCCUCGCAAGGCAAAGGAGAUCCGUGGGCAAGGCCUUUUGAUGACAGAAGGUCAUUCCAUGGUGGCAGGGAGAGAAGAGGAUUUCUGGGGAACAGAGACAUGGGCAGGGCAAGGUCAAGAGAAGGAUGGUGAACCGCGCCGUUUCAAUGGAUUCGUUGAACUGCCUAGCGCUUCCAACAACCAGAACCCAAUAAUAUUUUGCCCCACUCUUUUUGUUUUCUUCAUUUUGCUCUGGGAAAAAUGGAGCAAGCAUUAUUGAUUACUGGCACUGGGAAAACACUUGCGGUGAUGAUGUGUUCUUACAUCCCGAAACUAUGUAAAAUUGCAGUUUUCCGCGUUCUUUUUUGUCUGUUUUUUUUUCAUGUGAAGGAGCCUGUAUUGUUCUUAGGAUCCAAUUUUACUGAACGCUACGGGGCUCACUAGUCUAUUUUUUGUGACGAUCGUCAGGGUAAUAUACUGAUAAUUUGGUUCUAUAGUGCAUGGCCUUGUUGCUGGGUGCCAUAUUAUGUGCAAGAAAAGUCCCGGAACUCAAAUUUCUCAAUUUUGUACGGAAUGUAGUACAUGAAGAUAAGCAUUGUUAAUUUUGAUCUA